UUCAUUUAACUGAUAAAAACAGAUUCUGAACUGAUUGAACUGAGCUUAGAGUUGAAAUUUGCCGGUAUUUUUGCUAAUAAAUUGCAAGAUAUUGGAAAUUUAUGGAAGAUUUGUAAUUUAUUCGUUGUUUUUUUUCCUCACAAAUUCCCAAGUUUUUACCACGCUUCAAAAUGAGUUCCGUCAAAGGAGCUAUGCGUUUAGUAGAGGAGAAAUAUGCUAUGAAUGAAAUUGAUAUAAUAAUUUGGUCAAAUAAAAUUGACUUACUCGCUUUAUCGAAUAUAAAAGGAGAAGUUACUUUACAUCGACUCGAUUGGCAACGAGUAUGGUCGCUACCACCUCCUGUAGAGGAAUUACGUGUGACUGCAUUAUCAUGGAGACCUGACGGACGUGUUUUAGUAAUCGCUUAUAAUAAUCGAGAAGUUCUGGUCGUCGAUAUUGAGAAAAAAGUAGUCGUCCACACUAUAAAUGCCCCUCACGACGUUUGUUUCGUUCACUGGACCCAAGAAUCUACCGAUAAUUACAACAGAUACGACGAGUAUUUACGCAUGAUGUGUGAUGCCGAAUCAGGAUGUCUUCUAGACACCGCCGCUCCAGCGAAAGAUUCGAAUGACAUACCGAUAGAAAAUUUUCGUAAUAUCAAGAUUUAUUCUCAUCUGAAUUUUCUUUUAAUUGGAGUAAGCACAGGAGAGAUACACGUUUACGUAUUCGGUCUCUUUUGUUGCGGUAUUAUCGAUAUCAAACAACACUUACCUCCUAACUCGGAAUGCACCGUGCUUUCUGCUGAUAUUACUCAAAACUUGAAAUCUUUCGUCGCUGUGCUAAACGUCAAGUAUAACAAUAUUCAAACUUCAACUUGUAUAGUCCUCGAUACGAGCGAGUUAUUCGAUAGAUCUCAAGAUUUGUAUACGAUAUCGUCCAAACGUGGUUCAAUUCUAAACACAGUGAGUAAUAUAAACCGAUCCAUGGUGAACAUUAUAGAAGCCCACGAGCAUAUUGUUUUGCAAGAAAUGCAAAUGCAGAUAUUCGAAUAUUCGAAAAACAAAGAAGAAGGAACUUUAUCGGCCGAAUUCAUGGAAUUGCUAUUAUUCGGUUUCUAUUCUGCUGAAUUAGCAACCUUUCUUUUGAACGAAUUAUCUGAUAAAAAACUGAAAAAAAUCAGUAGUUCGAUAGAAGUUAGCCAUUCGAACAUUCAAAAACAAAUAGUUCAACAGCUGAGACCAAACUUGGAAAAGCUUUUAUUUGAGUUAUCCAUAAUGUUAGGCUUAUCGAGACUAUCGCGAAUUUUUCCCGAAUCGAGAAUUAUUAUGGAUGAAGAUCUGAUUUACAAAAGUAUAGUCACCGCUGGAGCAUUUUAUAUCAAAGCUAACAAAGUAUUACAAAUUUUAGAGAAUUCUUCCAUCAAAUAUAAAACGUUUUUCGGUUGGUUAGGAUCGGUAGCUUCAAUUAUUUCCAACGAUCGAUCAGGAAAUUCGCCGUUCGAAGUGAACCAAAGAGAAAUGAAUUUUAUUUCGAAUUAUCUCUGCGAAAUCGAUAGCUCUACGCCUAUAUUUGAAAAGGAUGAAUUGGGACAGUAUUUAGUAGAUAAAGAAAUCACAUUCAAGAAUGCUACCAAUUCUCAAAACCUUUGGAGGAAAUUUCUAUCGGAGAACCCGUGUUUGCAAGAUUACGAAAUGAUAAUUCCUAGAACUUUCGAUAAUAAAUCUUUAGUUCAAACACACAAAUAUCUUACCGACAGCGUUGAUAUAAUUUUUAAUAAUUUUAGCGAGUACAUCAGGAAAGAUUUUCCAGUCAGUUACCAAAGCGAUUUAUUUUCUUCCGAGAACAGUAUCGUUCGUAAAAUCUCUUGUAUCGAGGCUCCCAAACAAGAUAAAAUUUUCAUCGGUUUCAUGAAACCUACGAAUAACGACGGUUUAUUGCAAAUCAGCGAAAUAUCUAAAAAACCGGAUGGCCAAUACACUACCAGAAAUGCCACCGUUUACUUCGAAGAAACCGAAUACGGAACGUUCGACCUCAUAGAUUUACAAUUCUACACUCACGAAAUUAUAUCAGUUCUACUAGAGAAAAAAGAUUGUUUACACUCGUUUUGUAUCCAGUUACCUAUCGAAAACAUUCAAACUUUUUAUAAUUUAAAUGAACCUCAAAAUGUGUUCUCAAUUAUUGAAAAAGACUGUUUAAAAAUAAUCGAAAACAUGAAAUCGUUGAAAUUCGCCGUCAGUGGACCUCGUCAAGUAUCCGUCAUAGUAGCCGAAGACGGUCAUCGUGUUCGUAUUUUCGAAAUGGAAGCUAACGACGAAGAAGAGAAUGCAAACAAUACGACCAAUAUGUCCGGAGACGAACCGAACGUGUCUUCCAAGUUGACCAACACCGAUGUUUCUAUGUCCGACGACGAUUUCGUCAGUAAUCCUAAUUUCGAAGCUGAACCUAAAGCAGAUACAUCAACGGGAACAGCUAACACCGCUGAUGAAUCUGACGAUAGGAUUCACAUCGAAAAUAGCGUAAUUGAUUUUGGAGAAAUAGACGUUAAUAAUCUAUCUUUAAUGUCCGAUUUCACCAAUAUCGAAAAUUUACUUCUAGCAAAUCACGGUUCGUCGUUGGAUACAGAUUUAGAACGUGAUAUCGCCAGUUUAAAUAUUACAUCGCAAAGCAGUAAACAAAAUUCUGUAAAUGUACCCAACGUUGGAAGCGGCGACUGUACAAGUGUAGACUGUUCUAUGAGUAUAGAUAAUAAUUAAUUUUUUUAUGAUUUUGCAUUUUUCUAUGUACCUUAUGAAAUACGAAAAAUAAAACAUAAAUUUAC